AUGAUCUUAUUACUAGCAUUCCUGCCGGCCUUGGUGUUGGCACAGGAGCACCCCGACUGCCGACAUGGUCCUCUUGCGAAUAACUCCGUCUGUAAUACAGCUUUGCCAACACGAGAUCGAGCUCAGGCACUUGUUAGCGCCAUGACAGUGAGCGAGAAGCUCAACUUGACACACAACAACUCUCCAGGAGUUCCGAGGCUGGGCUUACCGUCCUACAACUGGUGGGGAGAAGCCCUCCAUGGGGUUGCUUCCGCCCCUGGAGUAAAUUUCAGUGAUUCAGGCGACUGGUCAUAUGCGACAUCCUUCCCUCAGCCGAUAACUAUGGCCUCAUCAUUCGACGAUGAUCUGUUCUACGCCAUCGGAAACGCGAUCAGCACUGAAGCACGAGCUUACAACAAUGCCAAUCGAUCGGGCCUUGACUACUGGACGCCAGACAUCAAUCCAUUCCGCGACCCCCGGUGGGGCCGUGGUCAAGAGACACCAGGUGAAGACACUUACGUGGUCAAGCGUUACAUUGACAGCCUUGUCACGGGUCUCCAGGGUGGUCGCAAUCCUGCCCCAUACAAGAUCAUUGCCACGUGCAAGCACUUCGCCGCCUACGAUUUGGAGGGAUGGCAAGGCAACAAUCGCUAUGGCUUCAAUGCUAUAGUCAGCACCCAGGAGCUGAGCGAGUUCUACAUGCAGCCGUUCCAGCAGUGCGCGAGAGACACUAAGGUAGGGUCUAUCAUGUGUUCUUACAAUGCUGUCAAUGGAGUGCCUGCAUGUGCCAACUCAUACAACAUUGACUCGAUCCUCCGGGGCCACUGGAACUGGACCGCAGAUGAGAACUACAUAACUUCCGACUGCACAGCCAUUCAGAACAUGUUCACAGACCAUCAUGCUUUCGAAACAAGGCAGCAGACUGUCGCAGCAGCCCUAAAUAGCGGUGUCGAUGUAGAUUGCGGCUUCUACAAUCCGACAUAUCUCCCCUCGGCUCUGGCAAUGGGUCUCAUUCAAGAAUCAAGCUUAGAUCGCGCUCUUCUACGCUUAUAUUCAGGUCUUAUCAAGGCAGGAUAUUUUGACCCUCCAGACUCUCCGUGGAGAUCACUGACAUGGGAAAAUGUGUCUACGCCUGAAGCUGAAGGCCUUGCACUUAAAGUGGCCGAGGAGGGCGUAGUCCUUCUCAAGAAUGACGGCACUCUUCCUUUGACUCCUCCUAAGGACCGAAACAUGACACUCCUCCUCGCUGGGGGCUGGAUCAACGCCACCACACAACUACAAGGGAACUAUGCUGGCCCAGCUAGGACGUUAGUCUCUCCAUGGAUGGCCCUGCAGAACAUCUCCAAUAUCGAAGUCAUCGUUGUCCAGUGGUAUGAAUCUCCUAUGAUUCGCGCCAUUGAUACCGAAGCGGAUGCUAUUCUGUGGAUCGAUGCCACCAACGAAGCUGCCGCGGAAGGCGAAGACCGGAACACGAUUCAGUGGGACAACCUCCAGAUUGACGCCGUCGAGAUGUUGGCUACUCUAGGACGGCCACUGAUUGUUGCACAUAUGGGAGAGCAGGUCGACGAUUCCGCCUUUCUUAACAACCCCAAUGUUAGCUCAAUUGUCUGGGCAGGCUAUCCUGGAAUGUUUGGAGGAGAGGCACUCAUCAACGUAAUCACGGGCAAGGUUUCACCUGCUGCCAGGAUGCCCGUGACGCAGUAUCCUGUGGACUACGUUCAUCAAAUAGCUAUGACAGACAUGAACUUACGACCCAACCCACAGACUGGCAACCCUGGACGCACGUACAAAUGGUUCGACAACGCUACUGUGGAAUUCGGUUAUGGGCUGCAUUACACAAAUUUCACGACUGCUAUCAAGGCCGCGGCGAACACAUCCUUUGAUAUUCAGUCUCUUGUCUCCGCUUGCGAUUUCGCUUCCUACAGCCACAUUGACCAGUGCCCAUUUCGUCCAUCGGGAGCUUCAUCACCAUCCGUAUCUAUCAACGUUACCAAUGCCGGCAGUACAGGCUCCGAUUUUGUCGCCCUAGCCUUCAUUUCCGGGGCUUAUGGACCUACACCACGUCCCCUGAAAUCUCUUGUAGCGUACCAGAGACUCUUUGGCGUUGAGCCGGGUCGCAGUCAGACAGCCGAUCUAAACUUUACCCUCGGCUCGCUGUCAAGGUACGAUGAGAACGGCAACCAGAUACUUUAUCCCGGGAGCUACACAGUACUUGUGGAUGUGCCCACGCAGACAACAUGGGAGUUUGAGUUGACUGGGAAUGAGUAUAUGAUGGACGAAUGGCCACAGCCUCAAUAG